AUGCAAGCAGUGGUUUCACGAUCACCUCCUGCACCACAGCAGUCUUUCGAGGAUGAUGAUUACAUUCCAGCGCCGAAAUCAGAAUGGAGUGGAGAUGAAGAAGAUAAUUUGCCAAAUUGGUCUGAAACCAACGAAGUAGAGCUAGGCGACGAUGUUAUUGCACAGUUAGAGCGCAUCGUCUUAUUUAGGCAAAAGGUGUUUGAAGUCCUCAGUUCUAUUCCACCCAAUGAUCAACGCACUGAACUAAAAUGGGACCUUUUGCAAAAAAUCGAAAGUCUCGAAACCCGCGCCAUCGUCUUUCUCACACUACCUCCAAAGUCAGUUUAUGGUGAUGACUAUACCCAAGUCGAUGACAACAUUUAUGCUCCUUUUGGGCGUUUUAUCGCGGACGCCGAACUUUACCUUAGACAGGCAGUUGCUCUUGUUGAAAACAGGGAGCCCCUCGAAGAAGGUGCUUCAGACGUGGAUUACGCGUCGUCUUCUGAGUCUGAAUCGUCCGCGGAGGAACCCCUAAUUUUUAUACGUGGACUCUCGAGAGCCCAAGCCCUAAGGGCCACGAAGGUUAUCGAGAAUGAAAUUUUCUCUCUCCUCUCGGAUCCUCAAUAUCGCACGUCAACGGCCAUUGUAAAAACGAUUAUUGGUUCAGCAUGUAGUCAAAUCACACGAAAUGAUCCAGAACACUGCCUGAAUCGAACGAACUAUUUGCUUACCUUUUUAAAAGGUGCACCGGUGCGACCUCCAGGGUCGGGUAUCCAAGGCAGUGCUCAAUUUCGUCUUGACACUUUGCCUGGAGGACUUGGACGAACCUACGCUUGGCACUGUCUCCUCACAGCUGCGCUGGCCCAGGCGAAGCACCAGUUUGCUUAUUCACUGGAGAGCACUCUGCCGUUCGCGGCUGUCCUGACUACACUACUUGGCUGCUACCCCGACCAAGUGGUAGGUGUAAAGUCUCCCUGA